UGUGCCCUUUUUGAAAGCGGCAAAUCCUAACAACACAUCACCUCCUUUACCCAAAACCCCACCAUUCCUUCUUCUUCUUCUUCUUCUUUGAACUUGAAUUCGAUUCUGAUCGAUGACCACGGCGGCGUUUGGGCAGAUCAACACCGAAGAGCUGCCCACGUGGGGCUCCCGCAGCGCCGAUUGCUUCGAGAAAAUCAAGCAAAUCGGCGCCGGCAUGUACGGCCAAGUGUUCAAGGCCAGAGAGAUCAGAACUGGUGAAAUUGUUGCUUUGAAAAGGAUACGUAUGGAUAAUGAAAAAGAAGGGUUUCCUAUUACAGCAAUUAGAGAAAUUAAGCUUCUGAAGAAGCUUCAUCAUGAAAAUAUUAUUAAGCUGAAAGAGAUUGUAACUUCUGCGGGUCCUGAAAAGAAUGAUCAAGAGAAUCAAGAUAGUAAAAAGCUUGAGGGUGGCAUUUAUAUGGUGUUUGAAUAUAUGGAUCAUGAUUUGACUGGCCUUGCUGAUCGUCCUGGAGUGAGAUUUUCAAUCCCACAGAUAAAGUGCUAUAUGAAGCAGUUAUUAACUGGGCUUCAUUACUGUCAUAUUAAUCAAGUACUUCAUCGCGACAUGAAAGGUUCUAAUCUUUUGUUAGAUAAUGAGGGAAAAUUGAAGCUUGCAGACUUUGGGCUCGCAAAAUCCUUUGCUACCAACCAUGAAGGACAGCUUACAAAUCGUGUUAUUACUUUGUGGUACAGGCCCCCAGAGUUACUGCUUGGAGCCACCAAGUAUGGACCAGCUGUUGACAUGUGGUCUGUUGGUUGCAUAUUUGCUGAACUUCUGAAUGGUGCACCAAUUUUGCAAGGAAGAACUGAACCUGACCAACUGAACAAGAUAUAUGAGCUUUGUGGAUCAGCUGAUGAGACCAACUGGCCUGGUGUUUCAAAAUUGCAUUUCUAUAAUAAUUUCAAGCCACCAAGGCCCCUGAAGCGGCGAGUCAGGGAACGUUUCAGACGUUUUGACAGCCAUGCUCUGGAUUUACUCGAUCACUUGUUAACCCUUGAUCCGAAUCAGAGAUGGUCUGCAAAGCAAGCACUGGAUGCAGAGUAUUUCUGGGUUGAUCCUUUGCCCUGUGAUCCGAAGAGCCUGCCCAAGUAUGAAUCAUCGCAUGAGUUUGAAACAAAGAAGAGGAAGCAGGAACAGCGACAACUUGAAGAACAAAACAAGAGACCAAGGUUACAACAUGGUCGACUGCCUCCCUAUCAACAUGCGGAGCCUCAUCAAACAAAAGAUACACAGCCAUCGUAUUCUGCUGGACCUAGUCACCACCCCUAUGGAAAGCAUCCUGCUCCUCCUGGAGGUCCAAGCAUGUACCCUCCUAGGAAUCAGAGUGGGGCCUACAACCGUGGAGGUCAUGCUGGAGGGUACAGUGGUGAACCAUAUCCACCUCAAGGCCGGGCUCCACAAUAUAAUGGCAGUAGUAUGCCAGCAGCUUCUGGUCCUAGAGGUCCUCCAGGGGGUUAUGGAGUUGGUCCUCCUAACUAUUCCCAAUCUAGUCAGUAUGGAGGUCCUGCUCCUGGUAGAGGUAUGAAUAAUCGGAGCCAACAGUAUGGCCGACAGCAACAGUAACUAAUCCUCGGAAUAAAAAGUUUAUACUAACAAAGAUAUUUAGCUUUAUAGAUUUUCUUUGCAUAGACCCAAAUGUUAUGUGAACCAUUCAAUUAGAGGCAUUGGUUUUCCCUCUUUACCUUGGACAGUUCAUUUACUGAUAGAUUGAAGUAAACUCUAAUAUGUUUACGACUGUAGAUAACAAUGCUAUUCUUGUUGUAAAUUAAGCCUCUUAUAUUCUAUAUCUUGGUUAUCGUU